AUGAUAUUUUUUCCAUUUUAUCUUCUGUUCAAUAUUCCGUUUUGCAAAGGAAAAACGAGCGAAUCGCUCGAAGCAAAUUUUACUUGCAAAGGAGAGCUGACUGUGUUCACCUUCGGUGAUUAUAGGACUCGUACUCAAAACAGCACAUGGGAAAACAAUGUAGUAAAUGUCACUGUUAAAUCAAAAACAAGCCACUUGGCCGUGAGAUGUCGAAAUUAUAACCAGAAACCGUGGCUUAUAGGAAGUGUAAGCAACGGCCUAGUUACCGACACACGAUGGAAAUGUAUUGGUCUGAAAAGAGGCGAGUCGGCUCAGAUCCUAUUUUGGCGCAAGACAGCGGAUGUCAGCCAUUGGCCUCAGGCCUUUGCAAUCCAUACAAAACGAGAAGAUAGUCUCUGGGGAAAGAUCCCAGGUAUCAGUGAGGACGCAUUAUGGAUUUCUACAGUAGAGGAAGAUCAUGUGAGGCUUUUUUGCCGGCGAAAAUUAUCUGAUUUGGCUCCAGUAAUGACAGAGGUGUUGUCUGAGGGGAUCUUUCAGGCUACUAUUAAUGAUGUAGGUCACUCAUUACGUAACCACACUCAGAGUCAGCAUCAGGUUAGCGACGUUAGGGAAUGUUUCGAGAAGUGCCUUGCUGAUCCCCAGUGCCUGUCGUUUAACUUACAGCAUGAUUCAGCACUACCCACAAGGAGUUGCGAGUUGAAUGGAGUAACAAAAGGACAAGAUCCACGGAAUUACGUCAGAAGGCCUGGUUACACAUACUAUGACAGAGUUUGAAGAUCACUGCUCGAAUCACAGGCAUACCACACUAUGUUGAUAAUUGUUCACAUGGGACGACAAAAUCUGUGAAGGUUAUGAAUAAAGCUCUGAAAAUUGCAUAUCUAAAUUAUAUCUCGAUCUGAAUAUCUCAAUAAAGCUAAAUAAUUAUAUGAAAUUACUUUUGGCUGGUGGCCGUCAAGAGAAUUAUUGACCACGAACACAUAGUGUGGUCUGCCUGUGCUCAAAUUAGUCACUGUUUGCUUUCACAUCAUAGCUGUGGCAGCUGAUAGAACAAUUUUAAAUGCAUAAGGCAAUAGUGCUACUUGGGAAUAGUUAUCCUACAUGUGUUUACUUCGUGUUUUAAAUAUCUGGUUGGGCGACAUUUCUAGGUGCGACUCUAACUUUUGCAAUUGAAGAACACUUUUCCAAUCAACGUAAACAUCAGAGGCACCGCAGUGCUUGGGUGGGGUAGGCAGAUUUUGGAGGAAGAGCUGAACU